AUGGCUGAGCCCGCCCAGCCCGAUCUCAGCGCGGCCAUGUCCCCGACGGGCAUCAAGCAAGAGACAAACAUCCUCGACGGCCUCGAUCUGGACUCGAUGCUGCAAGCCGCGACCAAGCGUCCCUUCGAUGGAAACACCAAUGGCGACGAGUCCUCCAAGAGGGUCAAGACCGAGACCGAGCCUGUCCACGAUAACGCGUUCGAGCCAGACCCAGGCGCCGAAGAAUCGCUAGAAGAUGGGCUUGCGCUUCUAGUUCAGAAUGCGCUCAACAAUGUUGGCGAUCUGGUGUCCCAGUUCACUCAGGAUGCAAACAUGGCUCCGACGACAAAUGAUCCGAUGGAUGUUGAUCCCGCACCCAUCCCCGAAGCUUCUCUCCCUCCACCCCCCGUAACCUUCCUCUCUGACCCUCAAAAAUACCUGCGCAAGGCCAGUCGACAUGCGCUCGGCAACAUGGCUCUUUCUAUCCUCCUCUUGUUCUCGCAAUCCUUCGACGACUCAAUAAAGCCGAUCCGAGAUGUGGAAUCGCAACACGCCAAGGCUUUCCGGAAUCUGCAGACCUCGUUUGAACAAACCAAGCAGAUCUACUCUACGAGCGCCAUCCUAUCGGCUGAUGAGCUAGAGCUCCAAGACCAUGAAUCCCGCACCAUCCUCGAUCUUGCGAAUCUCGCCCAAUUCGCCAUUUGGCUACUCCAGACCACACCAUCGUAUUCCAACGCUCAUCAGAACUUUCACUCUAUAUUUCGAGGGCAAGUCUCAGACCUUGGUUCUGAUGCACUCGAUCUGUACCUGUCCAUCAAGACUCAAGUUGCGAUCGACGCGCUUGCUACGAAAACUCCAGAACAGCAGUCUGGGCCGAUACUAGAUGACGCCAUAAUAAGCGGGAUGGAGGAUAAGCUACGUGGGCUUCAUCACAAUUCGGAUCUGACACCAGCAGAUCGAGAGUUCAUCUCAUCUGUACGGUCGAUGAAAAACGCGAUUCAGGGCGAGGCGCAACCCGACACUGCAUCUCUAAGGGAAAAGUACAAAGUGGAUGACUUGCUGGCUCAAGUUGCUACUUGUGUCAAGACUCGACUGGCAUUGAUGUCGGAUCUCGGUUCAAGACUGGGCCAUCCCAUGCCAUCCAGUGAGGAGACUGCGGUUGACCUAUUGGGUGACGCCGCCGGAAAUGACGAUCCCGAUCUCGACUUGGAUGAUCUAUCUUCCUUUUUUGAGAAGACCACCUCGGGUCUUGUCCAGGACGCUCUGGCUGGUUUGACCGAGACCAAUCCGGAGCCAACACCAACACCUGCAGCUGAAACAGUUGAACAACCGGCUACAGCCGAACCCACAAAGAGCCCCGAGAAGGUAGAGCCUUCUUCAACGCCUCAGACAAAUGGCAAGGUGGACUUUAUGACGGACUAUAAGGAGUUGGAGGCUCUUGUGGCUGAAAGCACUUCGAAUUACGUCAAGACCACAUUACACGGGCUAUCUCCACAGUCACAUGCUCAGCAUCCUUACUACUCAUACACACACAGCAUACCCGAGCCUCCUCCUCCUCCCCCGGAGCCUGGUCAAAACUUGCCGCCCAAUCAAACCUGCCCGAGUGCUGUCUUGUAUGACAAGGCGAGACAGGCGGCAAUCUCAAAGUCAUCCGCCCACACUAGGAGAGAGGGUCUUCAUUCGACACGCCGCCCUUGGACUCAAGAAGAAGAAAAGGCACUCAUGGCUGGUCUUGACAUGGUCAAGGGUCCUCACUGGAGUCAAAUACUCACUCUGUUUGGACAGAACGGCACCAUAUCCGAUAUACUCAAAGAUCGGACACAGGUGCAACUCAAGGACAAGGCUCGUAACCUCAAGCUGUUCUUCCUCAAGACCAACUCAGAGAUGCCGUACUAUCUACAGGCCGUAACUGGCGAACUCAAGACUCGCGCUCCUACACAGGCAGCCAGGAAGGAGGCGGAGGAACGCGCAAGGUUGAACUCGGAGGAGGAUCAGGCCAGGAUACAAGGCAUAAUGACACUGGCCGGGGGACUGCAGAACCCUCCACAAGGACGGGCAGCGGGAACACCAGCCUCAGCAGUUGGUCAGGCUGUCAUGACACCCGCUCAAGCGGCGAGUGCAGCACAGGCCGCGUCGACGCAACACGGCUUGCCUGCCCAACAUCAAACACCUACUCACUCUUACUCUGCCACCUCCUCGGGAUAUCCACCCUCCUCGCUACCACAAGCCAGACCGAGCAUGAUUACUGCUACACAACAGUCUCAUCAGUCUACACCUCAGCAGCCUGCCCGGCCACAGGCACCUCACACUCCUCGAGCCCAACAACAACACCUACCGCAACAACCCCAGAGCGCCAUGCACUCUCCCGCUCAGGCUCGAUCCCACACGUCGACUCCUGUCGGGCAGAUGCAUCACUCGCCACCGGCUCACCACACCCCGACUCCUCAGCCCGCACCCGCGCAGCCCGCUCAGCCUCAAUACUCUCCCCCUCAACACUCGCAGCUCACAUUCCCGUCGCCUCCACCCACGGCGCCCGUUCACACCAUGCAAAUGCCCCAUGUGCCUGCCCCUGAGCCUCAACACGAUAUGCACGACAACGCUGCAGAGGCGGCGCUACUUCAGGGCCUCCAGGCGGCGGUGGCAGAGUCGCUGUGAUGCAACGUCGCACAAGGACGCCUGCAGUCCAACUAGGUAACAACGGCUGAUGCCAAGCCAUGAAGAGUUUUUCUACCACUCUGAGCUCAUCCACGCCUCAUCUUAUUGUUUCUUUUUGAACAUUUUUUCUUUUCGGUUUCGCAUUUGCUAUAACAAAAGCACCAUGGAUAAAAGUGCACUCGGCUACCCAAUUUUGUUUCCCCCAAAGUUCCAGGCAUCGACCUGAUUUGAAUAGGGAGGGGGGCCCAGCUAUAGAUGAAAAAGCCUCGACGGCGGAAUUUUAACAAAAAGGGGUGAAAUGAACCAGUCUUUGCUUGCAAUGAUACCACGACUUAGGAGCACGAUUGAUGGGUAGGAGGGGAGCGAGAAUAGUUGCGAUAGACUAUCAAAUCAAAAGUAUUACAAUUCGG